CAUUUACAUUUCCGGUAAAUAAGAACAGGCUUGUUGAUAAACAUAUCUAGCCUAUUUUUGAGUUCAAGUCGUUAAUCCUCACCAAAUGAUCAACUUUUAACCAUUAAUGGUAUACUACCGGUAAAUUGGAACAUCAUGUAGAAGAAAAACAUCGUUAUUUACAGAUAUGGCCAAUUACUUUGGACCAAACUCUGCAGCCUGGACUGCAAGAUCUGGGGUGGUUCUAGACCCAGAGAAAAAUGGUCCAAUGGCCUUCAAUGGAGCCCCGAAUAUAAACAUGAUUAUGUCUCAGGCUGUGAACAUGGGGUUUGAUGACAAACAGAGUGUACCACACAAUAUUGGACAAAAUUUACAAUCACAGAGAGAUGGUCAAAAUGUAGGCUUGGCAUCAUCUGGUGAAAAUAUCUUAUCUCAGUCAAAUGGUCCUCAUUUUAAAAAUGCCAGUAUUGUUCACAACUCAAACAUGCAAACCAUGGUUGCUUCAAACUCAGGAAUUCAUCAAAAUAUGAUUCCAAACAGUAUGACACCUCAGUCAGGAGGUUUUUCUGUAAUGAAUUUAAUGGAUAGAGGUGCAUCAGAUGUGAAUUCUGUGUCCAUGGGUGGUCCAGGAAUGACUUCAAUGAAUGAUAUGAUGGGUGGUCAAGGUAUGCCGCCGAUGAACCCCAUGGGAAGAACUAUGACUUCUACAAUGAAUUCUGUGUCCAUGGGUGGUCAAGGAAUGACUUCAAUGAAUAAUAUGAUGGGUGGUCAAGGUAUGCCUUCGGUGAACUCCGUGGGAAGAACUAUGACUUCUACAAUGAAUUCUGUGUCUAUGGGUGGUCAAGGAAUGACUUCAAUGAAUAAUAUGAUGGGUGGUCAAUAUAUGCCACCAGUGAAUUCCAUGGGAAGAACAAUGACUUCAACAAUGAAUUCCACAGGAUACAACAAUAUGACAGGAUUACCUCUGAUGAAUGCCAAUAUACCAUCUCACAUGUUUAUGCAGACUGUAAACUUUGAUUCUUCACAGAACCAAGAAGAUAUGAAUAAAACUAUGGAAACAUCUAUGGAUCUACUGGAACAGCAGCAGGCCAUGGAACAAAGCAAGUUGUUACACAGAUUUAAAGAACUCAGGCAGUUACAGAUACAACAACAAGAAAUGUUAAUGAAACAACAGCAAGAUCAACUAGAGUCACUCAGAUUUGAACAACAAAAUGUACAUUCUGUUAUAGCUAAACAACGGAAAAAUCAGUGGGGAGGCCAGGUAAAUACAGAUUUAGGUGAAACAAGAACACCACCCAAACGACAGAAAGUACCAGGCAGUGGAUUGGCUAAAGCAAUGAGCAUGACACAGCAAUCACAACAAUCACAACAAUCACAACAAAGUUACGUGGACUAUGCUAAUCAGUCUGCCUUGCCAUGCCCAGUGAUGUAUGUCCCACUGAAUGAUGAAAAUGAUGAGAUCAAGACCAACCCUGACCUGUUUAGUGAUACCAAUUCUCAUGUAGGGAGCCAGUGUACAGAGGAUGGAUUUAGACAGUUACCAGAUUCUGCUUCUGAAGUUGGAGAAAUCCCACAGCUACCAAGCAAGAAACCAGUCAGUAGAGUUUCAACCAUGCACAUGUCUAUGAAGAAAAGUUUAACGGAAGAUUUGGAGCAAGAUGAAGGUUUUGGUACUCAGUCAUUCAGGUCAUCAGGUCAGACUGAUCACCUCAGGCCUAAUAGACAAAUGGACAUGAUGAAUGGUCAAGAAGUUUAUCAUGAGGAUGAGGACAGUGUCCAGUUAGAGGAGCAGAACCUUGACCAGGAAGAAGACUACGAUGAUGAUGAUGACGAGGAGGAGGAGGAGGAGGAUUUUGAUGAGGAGGAGGACCAAGAUCAUGUGACCUCAGAAGAGGAAGAUAGACCAGUGACAGGUGCUACACUAGAUGACAGACCAGUAAUUGGAUUAGGAGAGAAAAAGACUUUUGAAGAAUUACUAGAAGAACAACUAAGAGCAGAGGAGGAGAGGAUGAGGUUACAAUCAUCAAAAGGAGAAAACGUAGACAGUCCAAAGAGAUGUUUUUUGAAGAAGGGACAAGGUAUUGCUAGGUAUGGUUUACCAUCCAAAUCCAAACCAAUAAAAGAUUUGAAAUCUGUAAAACCUAAAGUGGAUAGUAAUUCCUCACAGCAAAAUAGACCAUCAAAACCUGAUACUCAACAAAAUAAGUCUGCCAGACAAGACAGUAACUCAAGUCAGCAAAAUAAAGCAGCAAGGGGAGAUAAUAGACUGAAUAAAAUGUCAAAGGGAGACAAUUUAACAAAACUUCAGAAGGCUGGAGGAAAAGAAGAUGGUCAAGGACCCAAGAAAAGAGCGACCUGGCAAGACAGAAAUAAACUGAACUUGAAGACCUCACCAGCAAAGAACCAGAAACUAAUUAAAUCUCCAAAUGCCAGAGAGGAUACACUGCCAAAAUAUCAGCAAGCAAGUAAUGUCAAUGAUCAAAAAGUACAAGAUAAAAGACAACUUAAUAAACCUCCUGCAAAAGGAGAACUUCCCAAAGGGAGACAACAAAUUCAGAAACCAAGUGGAAAUGUAAAUAAGCAACAAAGAAUUGAGGAAAGGGAAACACUGUCAAAGUCCCCUGAUUUCAUUUCUGAUAAUGAUUCAUUUGUUGCAAGGAUUAAUCAAAGAGCAAAGAAUGAUGUGUUAGAAAAAGAGGAGGUUGAUGAAUUUGAAUAUCUAGAGAACUGUGCAGACAAUAUGUCAUUCUGUAGUCAGUCAUCAUUUGUUACCAAAAUAUUACAGAAAGAUAGAAUGAAACAUGAUCCCUUAAAACCUUUACAACAGUCUCCCAGAACAUCAGUUGCCAUGCAGCUUCAAGCUACAAUAAAAAAUGCUACACAACAACAUCAGAGUUUACAGCAAAAUGCUCACAGGAACGUGGAGUCAGAAAAUAUUGAGCAACCAGUACUUCAGCCUGAACAGGUGAAGAAACAAGAAUUGAAAGUGAUAAAACCACAAGAUCAAUCCGAUGAGGAGGAUGAAAGUUCUGUAGAAGAGGAUGAUGACGAUAAGGAAAAUGAAGAUGAGGAGGAAGAGGAUAGUGAGGAAGAAAGCAGUGAUGAAACUGAGAGUGAAGAUGAUAGUGAUAGUGAUGAUUCUGAUGAAGAGCUGCCAAAAUCUCCUACAAAGGUCAUGACAAGGAAAGUGGCAUCUCAAAACACUGUAUCAAAUUUAUUACAAAAACUGAAAAUAAAUUCACAUAAUGAUUCUACAGCUAGUCUGAAUACAAGUUCAUAUGUACCGAACCCUAAAUCUCCUUUAGUUAUAUCUAAAGAAGUAACUACGGCAAGUAAAUCUAAGUCAGAUACUAAUUCUCAAGGAUUUAAUGGUCUAGAUGAAAGUAUUGAUUCUACAGAUUUUAAAAUUCAUAGUCAAAUUUCUAGUCUAAGAAAAUCAACAGAUUCUACGUCUGACGAUGGGAAAAAUGACAGUGACGAUAGCGAAAAUUCUUAUUCAAACUUGAAAAUUCUUCCUAAAAGGACUGGAAAAUAUGAUAGUAGUGAGACUGAUAGUAAAUUUACCUCUGACUCAGAUAAUAAGCUUCAAAGUGAAUCAGAUGAUAAACAUUCAAGUGAUUUUGAUGAUGAAGAGGAAUGGGGAGACACCACAUUAAAGGCCAAAUCUCCUAAGGAGAAGUGUAAUGACCAAGAAGAAACCAGUAAUGGAAGUGAAACACCUCCAACAUCAAAGUUGGUGUCAAAAUUAUUUCCUAAAUUGAAACCUCAGCCAUCUAAACAACAGAUUAAGGAUCAGCAAAAACUACAGACAGUAAACCAUACAGCAGCAAAUGAUGGUGUUCAGUCAAAGGUCUUAAGGGAGAAAUUAGCUGAGCUGGAGAAAGAGAUAGAGAAGUUCCGAAGUGAAAAUGUAAACCUAGACAAACUACGCAAAGAAAGAGAGGAGGGUCUUUCACGUUUAAAGAAAGAAAUAACAGACUUUGAAAAAGAGAAAAAUAAGGAACUGAUUAGAAUACAGGACUAUAAGACUGAAGAAAUGAAGAAAUUAAAGCAUGAAAAGAAAAUGUUUGAAAAGUAUCAGAAGGCAGCUAGAGACAUACCAAAUAAAAAGGAAAGAGAAGAAAUAGAAAUGUUAAAAAAUCAGAUGACAGACUUACAAGAGGAAAUGAAGAGAAAAGAGACAAGAUGGACCUCCAGUAACUCCAGACUAAGGAGUAAGAUAGAACAGUUAGAACAGGAAAACACAGAGUUAAAAGAAGAAAUAAAACUAAUGGAAAAGAGGAGGCUGGAAUGGCUUCAGAAAGAACAAAAUAAUAAGGGAAAAUCUAAAUCAGCACCAAGAAGUAGUACCCCAUCUCAGCUAGUCCCUACACAAAACUCAGCAGACUUUCAGACCACAGACUCGGAUGAAGAGAAGGACCCUGUUAGAGACUCCUCUAGUUCUAAGACAUCAUACUCUCAAAUGUCACUUAGAGCCACACAGUCUGCUACACAAGUCAGAGUUCCAGGUAUUCCAACACAGCAAUCAUCGUCACAACCUUCACUGCCUAACAGAACUGCCCAACCAAAUUAUACCAGUCUUCCAGGAGGUUCAAAGACAGUACAGCCAGGUUUCACUGGCCACCCAGGUCCAUCCAAAACUUCCAAUUUUAGUAGUCAACCUGGUCCAGCUAAGUCACCUCAGCCUGGUUUUAGUAAUGCCCAACAGAAAUCACAGGACCACCUUUUGAGGAUGUCAUUGAUGGAAGAUGUACCCCGGGGUGGAGCAGUGGUAGCUAUGCCACAAGAUACAAGUUUAUAUACAGAUACAGAAGGGGAUACAACAAAUAGUGCUAAUGUACCACGGAAGAGAGCAUCUAAAUAUAGUGUAGAUAGAUCUAUGAUCGAUAAAGGCAAUAGUGGCUACGAUGAAUUUCAGCACAAUGAUGGCAAGAUUGAGAGGAUAUAUAAGACUGGUGCCAGAGAGAUUUUAUUCGGUAAUGGAACCAGGAAGGAGAUAUCAGCUGAUGGAAAAUCAAUUGUAGUAUCAUUCUUCAAUGGAGACAUAAAACAGAUCAUGCCAGAUCAAAGAGUGGUAUAUUACUAUGCUGAAGCUCAGACUACACACUCUCAUUAUCCUGAUGGCCUAGAAGUUCUACAGUUUCCAAACAAUCAAGUAGAGAAACAUUAUCCAGAUGGAACCAAAGAAAUCACAUUUGCAGAUCAGACCAUUAAAUACUUAUUCCCUAAUGGGUCAGAGGAGAGCAUCUUUUCCGAUGGAACUGUUAUAAGAGUAGAUAAGAAUGGGGAUAAAACCAUGGAGUUUCCUAAUGGACAAAGAGAAAUACAUACAAAUGACUAUAAAAAACGAGAAUACCCAGAUGGCACAGUUAAAACUGUUUACCCAGACGGCAGACAGGAAACCAGAUAUUCCAAUGGUAGAAUCCGUGUUAAGGACAGAGAUGGGAAUGUUAUUGUUGACAGACGAUGUUGAUACUAAAUGACAGAACAUAAAAUGUGCAGCAUUACAAAAUAUAAAAUGUGCAGCAUUACAAAAUAUUGUAUCAUAGAAAAAUACUCAGGCAGUGUUACUGUCUUGGCAAGUGUGACCCAAGGCCAAUAUUUAUUUUCGAUUUUUUCUUUAAUCAAGAAGUUGUGUAUUUAUUGAAAAGCUUUAAAUAAAUAAGUAAAUGAAUGGACACAUACAAUCUUUAUUUUAUGAGAAAACAAUAUUUUAUUCAGGAGAAAUAAAUCUUAAGUAAACCAUUCUAAUUAAGUUUACACCUUCUAUCAAAUAGCAUCUGUUUAAUCUUGCAUGCUGAUAGAUAAACAGUAAAAGAUGAUGUAAAACGAUAUAAAAUGAAAAUCUGAAUAGCCUUGUUCUUGAUAUCUUAAUACUAUAAAUACAGAUCUAAAUUACCAUAGAUCUGUUCCUACAAAAAGAGACAUGCAUAAAAAAAUUUAUUUAUUGAAAUUUUUUAUGUCAUCUCGAAACAUGAAAUAUUGCCAUGCUUCAUGAUCUGCAUAUAUUUUUUAAAACCCAGAGUCUUUCAAGCUUUGAAAUAUUGUAAAUAUGCAAUUGGUACAUGUGUAUUUUCUCAUUAUACUGGCAUUGCUGUAACUGUUGUAAUUGGUACAUGUGUAUUUUCUCAUUAUACUGGCAUUGCUGUAACUGUUGUAUUUUGCACAUGUACAUUUUCUCAUUUGCUGUAACUGUUGUAAUUGGCACAUGCACAUUUUUUCACUUGCUGUAACUGUUGUCAUUUUUUCAGGUACAUAAUUUUAAAGGAGGCAGCCAUUUUACCUGUAUAUAAAAGCACAUGCAUAUAAAACAUCACAAGGUGCCUGUCAAGUUUAAUUUGUUCCACUAUUUUGGUGCUAUUUCAUCACAAAUUAUUUAUUUUCAUUUCUCAUCUGAACGUUUAAAGAUAAUAUUGUUUGUACAAGAAACAUUUUUUUUUUUAAUUUUUUGUGAAAAGUGUUUGUAAAAAUGCUGAUCAAAGGAGAAACAAGACUCAUGAUGUAUUAUAUUCAUGGAUUCAAAUGUAAAGGUAGACAAUUUAUGUGAAUUAUACAUUGGAUUAAGGUAUUUAUGGACACUGUGUCAUUGUUAUAAUUCUAUUUUCUCAGAGAGCCAGGUGUUGGUGGUUUUUGUGCGGUAUGAUGGACUAUCCAUAAUUUGUGGUUGUUCCUGCUUUUUAUGCCUUAUUUUUAGCUUACCUGGCCCAAAGGGCCAAGUGAGCUUUUCUCAUCACUUGGCAUCCAUCAUCAUCCAUUGUCCAUCGAUGUCCGUUAUCUUUUACAAAAAUCUCCUCUGACUACUGGGCCAAAUUUAACCAAGCUUGGCCACAAUUAUCAUUGGGGUAUCUUGUUUAAAAAAUGUGUCCGAUGACCCUGCCUGCCAACCCAAGAUGGCCGACAUGACAAAAAAUAUAACAUAGGGGUAAAAUACAAGUUUUGUCUAUUAUUUUGAAAACCAUUAUAAAUAGAGAAAAUCUGACAAAUCAAAAAUGUUCAGAAUUUUGAGCUCUACCAAUUGUCAUCAUUCUUUAAAACUGUCAGACAACUUCUUAUAGGAGUUAUUGCCCUUAAAUGACAUAAUUUUACCAUUUUUUUUUCAUUUUUGCCUAUUAUCUUGAAAACUAUAAUAGAUAGAGCGAAACUUUAAAUUGCAAAAAUGAUCAGCAAGACAAGUUCUACAAAUAAGUUUUGCAUGAUUUAAAUCUUCAGCUAACUCCUUAUUAGAGUUAUUGCCCUUUGAUGAGGAUUUUUACCAAUUUUUUGCGUUUUGCCUUAUAUGAUAAAAAUUAUAAUAGAUAAAUAGACACUUUAAAUGACAAAAAUUAUCAGCAAGGCAAGAUCUACUAACAAGUUAAAUUUUGCUGAUAUAGUUAGUAGACUGUCACUCUUUAUAGAAACGAUUGCCCUUAAAUGAGAAUUUUUUUUUACUCUCUUUUGUUUUUUGAGCAAAAACUAAAGAAGAUAGAGAGAAACUAAACAGACUAAAUGAUCAGCAGUAGACAGUACACUGUUGGAGAGUGUCUUUUGUUGAAUAUGCACAUAGAAGACCAAGGUGAGCGACACCGGCUCUUUAGAACCUCUAGUUUCUACACUAAUCUGUUGUCAAAUACAUGCAUUUCUUGUCAAAACUUUAAAAAGGAAUACAUGUAAGCCAUAUUGAUUGAAAAUGAAACCCCAAAGCGUCUGUAAUGUUAAGAAUACAUUUGUGUAUUUGUAAGAAACUACUUGAAACAAUUGCAUUAUGUAUUUACCGGUAGUCAAAAUAAUAUACAUUUACACAGUAGCCUCAAAUUGCUUGGGUGCUGUAAAAAUUUUAAACAAGUAGACAGAGUUGUCUAAAUUUUUUUUUGGCUAGAUUUUCAUGUUGAGAAUAGUUUUCUGUAGUUUUGACUUUUUAUACGCCUGUCA